UUUCUUGGGUCCUAUCUCUCUCUCUCUCCUGCGUUGAUUGAGAGAAGAUGCUGCACUGCAUCAAGGGCAUCAAGGAUGCAAUAAUGGGGAACAGCCGCGAGGAGACCGGUGUGAAGAUCAAAGGGUCAGUUGUGCUGAUGAAGAAGAACGUCUUGGAUUUCAACGACCUCCAUGCAUCUCUCCUUGAUAGAAUCUACGAGCUCUGUGGAAAAGGAGUCUCCUUUCAGCUUAUCAGUGCAGUUCAUGGCGAUCCAGAGAGAGAGAACCGAGGGAAGCUCGGAGCGGCUGUCUAUCUGAAGGGGUGGAUCCCGACAUUGGCUCCAAUCCAAGCCAGUGAGUCCGCGUUCGAGGUCAGCUUCAACUGGGAAGAAAGCAUGGGCAUUCCUGGUGCUGUCAUCAUCAGGAACUUCCACUACAGCCAGUUCUUCCUUAAGACUUUGACACUAGAAGAUGUCCCUGGGGUGGGCCAUGUUCACUUCAUCUGCAAUUCAUGGAUCUACCCAUCUAGACGUUACAAGUAUGAUCGGGUCUUCUUUACCAAUCAGAGCUACCUUCCCAGCGACACACCUGAGCCUCUACGCAAAUACAGGGAAGAAGAGCUGGUGAAUCUCCGAGGAGACGGCACCGGAGAGCUGAAAGAAUGGGACCGAGUCUACGACUAUGCGUUCUACAACGAUUUGGGUUCUCCAGACAAGGGCCCAGAUUAUGCACGGCCCGUCCUUGGAGGGUCAAAAGAGUAUCCUUACCCCCGCAGGGGCAGAACAGGCCGCAAGCCCACAAAGAAAGAUCCGAACACAGAGAGCAGAUUGCCCCUCCUGAUCAGCCUAGACAUUUAUGUGCCACGGGACGAGCGGUUUGGUCACCUGAAGAUGUCGGAUUUUCUAGCGUAUGCUCUUAAGUCGAUCGUGCAGGUCUUGGUCCCAGAGCUGAAAUCUUUGUUUGAUAAAACACCGAAUGAGUUCGAUACCUUCCAAGAUGUGCUGAACUUGUAUGAGGGAGGGAUCCAGCUACCCAACAUUACGGCAUGCAACAGGAUCAAGAACAGGAUCCCCUUCGAGAUGAUCAAGGAGCUGGUCCGAACGGACGGUGAGCGGCUGCUCAAAUUCCCAAUGCCUCAGGUGAUUCAAGCUGAUCAAUUCGCUUGGAGAACUGACGAAGAAUUCGGACGAGAAAUGCUGGCUGGAGUGAAUCCAGUCAUAAUCAGCCACCUCAAAGAGUUCCCACCAACCAGCAAGCUCGAUCCCGAAGCAUACGGCAAUCAGAACAGUUCGAUAACAGCAGAACAAAUAGUGGAGAACCUACAUGGACUAACAGUGGAAGAGGCACUUCAAAAAAACAAACUCUUCAUCUUAGACCAUCACGAUGCAUUGAUGCCAUACCUUAACCGGAUAAACACAACCUCGACGAAGACCUAUGCUUCGAGGACACUCCUCUUCCUGAAAGACGAUGGGACUUUGAUACCAGUAGCAAUUGAGCUGAGCUUACCUCAUCCCGACGGCGAGCAACAUGGUGCAGUCAGCAAAGUCUUCACGCCUGCACACCAUGGGGUGGAGGGUUCGAUAUGGCAAUUGGCGAAAGCAUAUGCUACUGUAAACGACUCCGGCUAUCAUCAGCUAAUCAGCCAUUGGUUGAACACACAUGCCGUAAUCGAGCCAUUUGUAAUCGCGACGAAUCGCCAAUUGAGCGUGCUUCACCCAAUCCACAAGUUAUUGCAUCCUCAUUAUCGGGAUACCAUGAAUAUAAAUGCCUUAGCUAGGCAGAUCCUCAUCAAUGCCGGCGGUGUGCUUGAACACACGGUUUUCCCAGGGAAAUUCUCCAUGGAGAUGUCUGCUGUGGUUUACAAGAACUGGGUUUUUACAGAGCAAGGACUUCCUGCAGAUCUCAUCAAAAGAGGAAUGGCAGUUCCUGAUUCAAACCACCCCCACAACCUCCGCCUACUGAUUGAGGACUACCCGUAUGCUGUCGAUGGGCUAGAGAUCUGGUCGGCAAUUGAAACAUGGGUCAGUGACUACUGUUCCAUCUACUACCCCUCCGACGCCUCUGUGCAAGCUGACCCUGAGCUCAAGUCCUGGUGGACUGAGAUCCUUGAGGUGGGCCAUGGCGACAAGAAGGACGAGCCAUGGUGGCCCAAGAUGCAAACAGUAGCCGAGCUAACCCAGACGUGCACAACCAUCAUAUGGGUGGCUUCAGCCCUCCAUGCAGCAGUUAAUUUUGGGCAGUACCCAUAUGCGGGCUACCUCCCGAACCGGCCAACCUUAAGCCGCCGGUUCAUGCCUGAACCUGGGUCACCUGAGUACGCUGAGCUCGAGUCGAACCCCGACACUGUCUUCCUAAGGACAAUCACAGCCCAGCUGCAAACACUCCUUGGUGUCUCCCUCAUAGAGAUUCUGUCGCGGCAUUCUUCCGAUGAGGUCUAUCUCGGGCAGCGGGCUACGCUGGAGUGGACGACAGAUGCAGCUGCGCUGGAAGCAUUUAAGCAGUUCGGGAGGAAACUGGUGGCAAUUGAAAAUAGAAUUAAAGAGAUGAACAUCAACGAGCGAUGGAAGAACCGGGUGGGACCUGUUAAGGUGCCAUACACAUUGCUCUAUCCAAACACAUCUGAUUUUACGGGCGUCGGCGGGCUAACUGGCAGAGGAAUUCCGAAUAGUGUCUCCAUCUAAUGCUUCCUUCUUUCUGGGGAUCUUGUGGUUAUUGCAGUUUAGAGAAGUGAAAUUGUCAGCAGUGAUAGUUAGGACAUGAAAUUCUACUAAUCUGGGUAUUUGUACAGUUGGGUUCUUCCUUUGAUUUCCAUGGCAGUCUACAGACAAUGCCAAAAUCUCUUACAGGUGUUUGAGUUUUGAAAGAAUUUUGAAAAGAGUCUGUUUUGCCUC